AUGAGUGGAUUGGUCGACGGACGCGUAGUCAUCAUCACCGGGGCUGGUCGCGGGAUCGGACGUGCGCAUGCCUUGGCGUUGCUGCCGAGGGCGCCAAGGUCGUCGUCAACGACAUCGGUGCGGGUGCCGACGGUUCCGAGACCGGUGAGAGUCCGGCCGAGCAGGUUGUCGCGGAGAUCCAUCGCCGCCGGUGGCCAAGCAGUGGUCAACGGAGACGACGUCGCCGACUGGGCGGGCGCCGAGAAUCUGAUCAAGACCGCGAUCGACACCUUCGGUGGCCUGGACGUACUCGUGAACAACGCGGGCUUCCUGCGGGACCGCAUGCUGGUCGGCAUGAGUGAAGGCGAGUGGGACGCGGUGAUUCGCGUGCACCUCAAGGGCACUUCGCGCCGCUGCGUCACGCUGCUGCCUACUGGCGCGCUGAGGCCAAGGCAGGCAAGACCGUCGACGCACGCAUCAUCAACACCAGUUCGGGUGCAGGACUGCAAGGUUCGAUCGGCCAGGGCCGCAGCCGAGCUCAAGAAUUACGGCGUCAGUGUCAACGCGAUCGCGCCUGCUGCGCGCACGCGCAUGACCGUCGGCGCGGGUGGGGCGAUGGCCGAGUCGAUGGCAGCUCCCGAAGAGGGCUUCGAUGCCAUGGCGCCCGAGAACAUCUCGCCGCUGGUCGUCUGGCUCGGUAGCGCCGAGGUCCAAGGACGUCACGGGGCGGGUGUUCGAGGUCGAGGGCGGAAAGAUCACCGUCGCGGAGGGCUGGCGUCACGGCCCGAGCGAGGACAAGGG